UAAGUAUUAAACCUCACACUCCUACCUUCCACAGACAAACAAUUAGAACCAUCUCACUGAUAAUCUCUCCUGUUUAGCAUUCUUGUGUGAAUUCUUUUGAAAAAUGGCAGAAACAAUCAAGAUAUUGAUCAUUGGAGGAACUGGGUAUAUUGGAAAAUUCAUAGUAGAAGCAAGUCUGAAAUCCGGAAACCCAACAUUUCUUCUAGUUAGGGAAACCACCGCUUCUGAUCCAGUUAAAGGCAAAUUGAUUGAGAGCUUCAAGAACUCCGGCGCCACGCUGCUCUACGGAGAUCUUUAUGAUCACGGAAGUUUGGUGACGGCCAUCAAACAGGUUGAUGUGGUGAUCUCUACUGUCGGUUUUGGGCAGAUAGUGGAUCAAGUUAAGAUCAUUGCUGCCAUUAAAGAAGCUGGGAAUAUCAAGAGAUUCUUUCCUUCCGAAUUUGGAAAUGAUGUGGAUCGAUCCCGAGCAGUAGAGCCGGCUAAGAGUGCAUUUGAUGACAAAGUUCAUAUACGUCGAGCUAUUGAAGCUGAAGGGGUUCCUUACACAUACGUCUCUUCCAAUUUCUUUGCUGGUUAUUUUCUCCCGAAUUUGUCCCAGCCCGGAGCAACAACUCCUCCUAGAGACAAGGUCAUUAUCUUGGGUGAUGGAACCCCCAAAGCGGUUUUCAACAAGGAAGAAGACAUAGCAACUUACACAAUCAAAGCUGUGACCGAUCCAAGAACCCUGAAUAAAAUUCUAUACAUCAGACCACCAACCAACACUCUCUCAUUUAAUGAUGUAGUGUCCUUGUGGGAGAAAAAGAUUGGUAAAACUCUUGAAAAGGAAUAUGUACCAGAUGAGCAAGUUCUGAAGAACAUCCAAGAGGCCCCUAUUCCAAUCAAUGUUGUAUUAUCAAUUACACACUCGGUUUAUGUGAAAGGAGACCAGACUUAUUUUGAAAUUGAACCUUCAUUUGGAGUAGAAGCUUCAGAGCUUUAUCCCGAUGUUAAAUACACCACUGUGGAUGAAUACCUUGAUCAAUUUGUCUGAAAGAGUGCAUUACCUUCACCUACAACACCCCUAAGAGCUGUGUUGGAUUAAAACUUUAAUUAGUUUAUUUUAUUAAAAGUAAAUAAAGUAUGAAAAUCGCAAUCAUGUUUGUGCCUAGGAUGUCUGAUUGUUAAUUAGAUUUGCUUUGUUUCUGCGUGUAUAACUAUGUAUCUUUACGGUAUGAUGUGAAGUAUGAACUUCUUAUGUGUGUAGCAUAAGCUUUUAAUACAAAAUUACUGCAAACUAAUAGUGUUUUUAUUA